CACCGGCCCUUGGUUCUUUCGCGCACGUCUUUUGCUACCACCUGUGCUAGCCACAGUCACUUUCUUUUCUCCAUCCUUCUUUGCUGUGCAAACAAAACCUUCUACACACACAAAUUCACCAUGCGUUUCGCCGCCUCCACUAUUGUCGCGCUCGCCGCCAUCCUUAGCACCACUCAGGCACGCCCGCAUAACCGCCAGGGCGCCUCCGGUCUUGUGGCGGAUAGCGGCAGCACCAACCCCUUGAUGGACUGGCUUUCCUCUCUACUUGGCGCACUGCCCACAGGUGGUGCUGGAUCUGGAUCUGGCUUGCCCGGCUUCGGGGGCAGUUUGCCUACUGGAGGCGCUGGAGAUGGCGGCUUCGGCAGUUUCCCCACUGCCACCCUCGAAUUCCCCUCCGGCAUCUUUCCCACAGAUCCUGCCACAGUCCCUACAGGUGGCUCAGGCGGACCCAGUUUCGAGCUGCCUGGUUUCUCGGACGCGCCCACGCCCACUUUCGAGCUACCCGGUUUCUCAGAUGUGCCUACGCCUAGCUCUGUUGCUGGGGUCUUUCCCUCAAACAGUGCGGUUCCGACCGGGGGUGUGACAGCUCCCGCGACAACGGCACCGGCGACGCUGCCUACGCCUGGCGAAGAUCCAUUGAGUACGGUGUCUUUCGUAUUUGCGUCCUCGAGCGCGGACAAUGGGUUUGGUGGGUUUCCGGGGUUCCCUGGCUUUGGGAAGAAGGCGUAAAGCCGGAUUGAAUACUUGUUAGAUCACUUUGGGGCUCUCUGACUAGCAGGUGGAACUCCUGCUGGCCAUGAGGCAUGAAAGUAGAACUACAUCGGGUGGUCAAAGCAUCCCUACGAAACAUGACUCCAGCAAGACAACGACUUUUUCAUUGUAUAUAGCAAUUAGAUUCUAGCUGGUAGAUCCAGUCCAUUCCAUUCCACC